UAACCGGCGCCGCCGGGAGCCCGCAGCGCCGCCGCCGCCCCCGGAGCCCCCCGCCCCCGGAGCCCCCGCCAUGGGCGACGAGGACGAGGACGAGGGCUGUGCCGUGGAGCUGCGGAUCACCGAAGCCAACCUGACCGGGCACGAGGAGAAAGUGAGCGUGGAGAAUUUCGAACUGCUCAAGGUGCUGGGCACGGGAGCCUACGGGAAGGUGUUCCUGGUGCGGAAGGCCGGCGGGCACGAUGCAGGGAAGCUUUACGCCAUGAAGGUGCUUCGCAAGGCCGCCAUCGUGCAGCGGGCCAAGACGCAGGAACACACGCGCACGGAGCGCUCGGUGCUGGAGCUGGUGCGCCAGGCCCCCUUCCUGGUCACGCUGCACUACGCCUUCCAGACCGACGCCAAGCUGCACCUCAUCCUGGACUACGUGAGUGGGGGGGAGAUGUUCACCCACCUCUACCAACGGGAACACUUCACGGAGGCCGAAGUGCAGGUCUACGGGGGCGAGAUCGUGCUGGCCCUGGAGCAUCUGCACAAGCUGGGGAUCAUUUACCGAGACAUGAAGCUGGAGAACGUCUUGUUGGACUCGGAAGGCCACAUCGUCCUCACGGAUUUCGGCCUGAGCAAGGAGUUCCUGUCUGAGGAGAAAGAACGUACCUUCUCCUUCUGUGGCACCAUCGAGUAUAUGGCUCCCGAGAUCAUCCGAGGGAAAUCCGGCCACGGCAAGUCUGUAGACUGGUGGAGCCUGGGAAUCCUUCUUUUUGAGCUGCUGACCGGGGCGUCCCCCUUCACUCUGGAGGGUGAGAGGAACACGCAGGCUGAGGUCUCCCGGCGGAUUUUGAAAUGUACUCCUCCCUUUCCCUCCCGGAUCGGGCCAGUUGCUCAGGACCUGCUGAAGAGGCUCCUGGAGAAGGACCCCAAAAAGCGGCUGGGGUCGGGGCCGCACGGGGCCCAGGAGGUCAAGGAUCACCCCUUCUUCCAGGGUCUGGAUUGGGUAGCUCUGGCUGCCCGGAAAGUCCCAGCCCCAUUCCGGCCCCAGAUCCGCUCUGAGCUGGACGUGGGCAACUUUGCAGAAGAAUUUACGCGGCUGGAGCCUGUCUAUUCCCCCCCUGGCAGCCCGCCCCCCGGCGACCCCCGCGUCUUCCAGGGUUACUCCUUCGUAGCCCCUUCCAUUCUGUUUGACCGGAACAAUGCCGUGAUGACCGAUGUCCUGGAGCUGCCGGGAGGCGGGGACCGGCCCGGUCGGGCGGCUGUAGCCAGGAGUGCCAUGAUGCAGGACUCCUCCUUCUUCCAGCUCUAUGAGCUGGACCUCCGGGAGCCCGCCCUGGGCCAGGGCAGUUUCUCAGUGUGUCGCCGCUGUCGCCAACGUCAGAGUGGACAGGAGUUUGCCGUCAAGAUCCUCAGCCGCAGGCUGGAGGUGAACACCCAGAGAGAGAUAGCAGCCCUGAGGCUUUGCCAGUCGCACCCUAAUGUGGUCAAGCUCCACGAAGUCCAUCAUGACCAGUACCACACGUACCUGGUGCUGGAGCUCCUGCGGGGCGGGGAGCUGCUGGAGCACAUCCGCAAGAAGCAGCAUUUCAGUGAGUCGGAGGCCAGCCAGAUCCUACGCAGCCUGGUCUCCGCCGUCAGCUACAUGCACGAAGAGGCCGGGGUCGUGCACCGGGACCUCAAGCCGGAGAACAUCCUGUAUGCUGACGAGGCCCCCGGAGCCCCCGUGAAGAUCAUCGACUUUGGCUUUGCCCGGCUGCGGCCCCAGAGCCCCGCGGGGCCCAUGCAGACGCCCUGCUUCACCCUGCAGUACGCGGCCCCCGAGCUGCUCGCCCACCAGGGCUACGAUGAGUCCUGCGAUCUCUGGAGCCUUGGGGUCAUCCUGUACAUGAUGCUGUCGGGGCAGGUGCCCUUCCAGGGGGGCCCUGGCCGGGGCGGGCAGAGCCAGGCAGCUGAGAUCAUGCGGAAGAUCCGGGAGGGCCGAUUCAGCCUGGACGGGGAGGCCUGGCAGGGCGUCUCGGAGGAGGCCAAGGAGCUGGUCCGAGGACUCCUGACGGUGGACCCCGCCAAGCGGCUGAAGCUGGCCGACCUCCGGGACAGCAGCUGGCUGCAGGAUGGCAGCGCCCGCUCCUCCCCGCCCCUCAGGACCCCCGACGUGCUAGAGUCUGCCGGGCCUGCUGUGCGCUCAGGGGUCAAUGCCACUUUUAUGGCGUUCAACCGAGGCAAGAGGGAGGGCUUCUUUCUGAAGAGUGUGGAGAACGCCCCCCUGGCCAAACGGCGGAAGAUGAAGCUAGGCAGCUCCGAGCCAGCCCAUAAGGGCUCCCCUGCCCAUCCCCCGGCCCCCACCCCCUCCACCCAGGCGCGGGGAGCCCCCCCGGCCAAGGGGGCUCCCCGCCGAGCCAAAGGCCCCCUACCCUCCUCCUAGUGGGGUCGGAGGGGAGCUGGGGGUGGGAGGCCGCCUGAGCCAGGGACCAUCGUGACCCCGGGGGUACAGGAAAGGUCAGCCCCAUAGGGAGAAAAACUGUGACCUUGGAGGAGGAAGUGGGAGGAUCUCGUGCCUGUGUUUGGGACUGGGGGAGCUGGGGGGGGGCCCUGCCCCUCCCCCAUUUCUUCCACAUUCCUGUUUCUUCUCCCUCCCUCCUUGGCAUCCCUUAACCUUCCAAUCCAUCGGAGCCCUGAGGGUCCUCCCAUCCCCUUCCCUUCCCCUCCCCUCUCCAAGCCCCCACCCCUCCCAGAGACUGAGACAGAAGUAUUUUUAUAAACAGAGAACUUUUUUUAUGUCUUUCCAGGUAGAGUUAGUGAUGCAGGGAUCCCGAGGGGCGCCGGGGGCGGCCGGGCCUGCCCACGCCCGCUCUCGCCCCUGCCCCUGCCCUGUUGCCAGUAUUUCCUGGUAUGGUGGCAGCUGCAGAGCCCGGGGCGGGCGGGGCAGCUCACGCAGGCCUUCGAGGGGGUUUGGGGGGGGCCCUGCCUCCUGGGCUUGGCCUGUGGCCAGCCCCCCCACCCCGGUCCGAGCGGGGCCAGGUGAGGCCUUCCUGCCUGCUGAGCCCGGCCGCCUCCUCCCUCCCAUUUCUCUAAGCACUGAGCUGAGUGGCCAGAGUGAGGACUGGGGCGCCCCCUGCUCUGCCUGCCCCGGGGGGCCCGUUGUCAGGAAGGGGACGCUGGUCCCAAGUCCAAAACUGUCACUUUAUGGGGCGUCUGUGCAAUUCUCUCCACCAAAGACUCAGAGUCUCGUGGAAGCCGCUGCACCCCUGGGUGGGGAGAGGGGGUGCUUAGAGUCACUGUGAGCUGACUGUUCCUUCCUUGUCCCGGACCCCCCAGGUGGGCUUUUCCCUUUGCCCCUCCCCCUCUGGGCAGGAUGGGCCUCUCGGAGAAUAACUGGGGGACAGUGGGGGGAGAGGCCGAGGGACACGCCCCCCUGCUCUUGCGCCCCAGGUUUGGGGGAAAGGGUGUCGGGAAGCGUGGGGGGGCUCCCACAGUGCUGUUCCGGUCACUGCCUCAGCCGGCCCAGGCCGUGCCUUUGACUUCAAAAUAAAAACCCCUCCCAGUUUC